AUGGCGAAACGAAUUACCCAAAGCUCGGUUAACUGGGCUGCUAUCGCAGAAAGAGUGCCGCCCAACCAAAAAGUCAACCUGUCUGCUUUUAAAAUGAAGUCAGACUCUUACCUCAGAAGAGUUUUGGCUAACCCUCCUGAGCCGCCUAAGAUUAAUUGGUCACAAUACAAAGCUGCAAUCACUGUCCCUGGCAUGGUAGACAACUUCCAGAAACAAUAUGAAGCUUUGAAGAUUCCUUACCCUGCGGACACAUACACCUCUCAGAUUGAUAGUCAAUGGGCUGAGAUUCAAAAGGAUAUUGCAGCUUUUAUCAGCCAAUCUAAUGCUAACAUUGCCAAGUAUGAAAAGGAAAUUGCUGAAACCAAGGCUCUAUUGCCAUUUGACCAAAUGACAAUGGAGGACUUCCGUGAUUCUUACCCUGAAUUGGCUCUUGAUCCCAUCAACAAGCCUACCUUCUGGCCCCACGAACCUGAAGACCAGAUUGACUAUGUUGACCCAGAGGGCACAAAGGCAGCACCAGCUCAUUAA